CGCCAGCUAGCAUUAUACGGGAUUUUGCAACUGGUUCAUGGUAUCGUUCACUUGUGGAGCGUGCGGCCAGACGCUGAAGAAAAAUCAGGUUCAACGGCACUAUGAAAACGAAUGUCCUGGGUGCAGUUUCGUGUCGUGCCUUGACUGUGGCAAGGAAUUUCGAGGAGAUGACUAUCAAGGUCACACGUCUUGUGUUAGUGAGGCUCAGAAAUAUCAAGGCAAGUUAUAUAAAGCUCCAUCCGGUGGAGUUUCAAAAGGCGAGAGAAAGCAGCAAGAGUGGUUAGAGCAAAUACAUAGAACAUCUACUGGCAAUUCUAAACUUCGUCGAUAUGUUGAGCAAUUGUCUGGGUUUGGAAACAUUCCUCGAAAAAAAUCAAAAUUUGAGAACUUUGUAAAGAACAGUAUGAAUUUAGCAGACAAGAAGGUCAUAGAUGAACUUUGGGAAUCAUUCUCUAGCAAUUCAAAGCCACAAUUAGAAGAACCAAGUCAGCUGAAGGAAUUGGUGAAGGUGGACAGUGUGCAGUCUGUAGAAAGUCCAAUCAGCUGUGAGUCUGCUAGACAUGAAGCAACCAGAAAAUCAAGAAAGAGGAAAUGUGCAGAAACGACUGAACAAGUAGAAAAGAAACAAAAAUCUAAUGAAAGGCAGACAAGGGAAGAGCUAAGAAAUGGUCAAGAAAUUCAGUAUCCCUGUGCACACGAGCAAGAUAUGACAGCACCACAAGGCCAAAAGUUUCGCUGGUCAAAGUGCAUUGUAAAGAUAUUGGCAAAUGCUCCUGAUCAACAGCUGUCAGUCAAAGCACUGAGAAAAAAGGUGCUGGCUGAGUACAAAGCGUAUUGUGGUCACACUGACAGAAUAGUAAGAGAAGAAGCAAGAGCAAAGUUUGGUAACAAACUGAGCAAAGUAAAAUCAAUCGUGGUUGAAGGAAAAACAGCUAGUCUUGUAAUUAGAUAAAAUGUUAUGUUUCGAAUUGAAACAGUCAAUUCCUUUUAGCGAUAGUUUCGGCUUAAAAACUCAGUUAGAGAAACGAGUGA